AGCGGGCCUUGGCAUCCACGGCGUAACCUGAGCCUUCCGGGGCCGGCGCGCGCCGCAGGCAGCAGGUGAGUGAUGCUGGACAUGCACCUGGUGCCGCCUCCGGACUGAAGAUUUGAUGAAAUGCCUCUAUUAUGAUCCGGAGAUCCAUGGAGGAGAGCAAGCGGGCGAUACCUGAUCCCCAUCACUCCUGGAGAGCCCGAUUGCUGGAGCUUUUCAUAAUCUCCACAGCCAGACGCCUCUCUCGAAAGGCAGCUUCAGGGGCAGGAGCCAUGGGACGAGGGGGCCCAGCAGGGCUCAGAGAUGGGUAACAAGCAGACCAUCUUCACUCCGGAGCAGCUGGACGCCUAUCAGGAUGCAACGUUCUUCACACGGAAAGAAAUUCUCAGGUUGUUUGACAGGUACCGUGACCUGGCCCCUCAGCUGGUCCCGCUCGAUUACACGAAGAAGCCCAACGUGAAGCUCCCUUACGAACUCAUUGGCAGCAUGCCUGAGCUGAAGGACAACCCCUUCCGGCAGCGCAUCGCUGAGGUCUUCUCCGAGGAUGGGGAGGGCAACAUGACCUUAGACGACUUCCUGGAUAUGUUCUCGGUGAUGAGUGAAAUGGCUCCUCGGGACCUCAAGGCUUAUUACGCCUUCAAAAUCUACGAUUUCAACGAUGACGACUACAUCUGCAAAUCCGACCUGGAGAAGACGGUGAACAAGCUGACCCGCAAAGAGUUGACCCCGGAGGAGGUGUCCCUGGUGUGCAACAAGGUGAUGGAGGAAGCCGACUUGGACAACGAUGGCAAGCUGUCCCUGGAAGACUUCCAGCACAUGAUCGUUCGAGCGCCUGACUUCCUCAGCACUUUUCAUAUCAGAAUCUGACCCAAACUCCAGAGACCCACCGAGAGCCGGAAACCCUCUUGCUUCUGCCGCCUCUUCC